AUGGAUGAAUACCUUAACCAGUUUUGUAGACAAGAGACGGAUCCUCCACUCUCGGCUCAAGCCAUAGGGGUGCAUCAUCGGAUUGGAAGCUCUGGUUUACCAGAAGACACAGACCCCUCACAACUUCCAAUGGAGCUUCAAGAAGAAUACAUAUUGGGUGAUCAUCAAUAUCAAAACUUCUCAAUGGAGCAACAUCAACACCAGAUUAAUGGACAAGCCACACAUCUCUCUUCACAGCUUCCAGUAUCAAUGAACCAAGCCAUAGAUGAACCGCAUUAUUGUCAGUCAUAUCAUCAGAGCAAUCAUCUUUCAGUGGUUCUUAUGGAGACUCAACAACAAGGCAAUGAGGAAGAAGACAAUGUUUCGUUGAUGACUACGAAUCAAACAACAAAGCCGCCACAGUUGACUCGAGAACAGCAGCAACCUUGUGAACAAGCCGCCACUACUCGGAACGAAUUGACUCAGGAGAUGGAUCCAGAGAUUGCUAGUUUAUUAUUUGGACAAAACAUAACAGUAGAAGAAGCCACGUUAAUGGCUACAUUAGGAAACUUGUAG